CACUAAAUUCGGAUAAUUCGGGCCCAUACGAUUAUUUUUGUGUCAAAAAAUCUUUAAAAAGCUAACAUUACCAGUUCAGGGAUCAGUUCUGAAAGACAAAGAUGAAAGACUGAGGAGUAUGCGGCGUUGUAUCGAAACGGGACAGAACUGUUCGAACCAAUUCGGUCCAAUUUGAGGAGCUUGAUCAACCAAUUCAGGAACCGGUUCAAUUGAAUGAAUUGUUCACGAACCGAACAAAAAGACCACGUUGUGUUGCGGCCUCUGACGUUUGUUUGUCUGUUUAUUUGACCAUUUUAACAAUCACUAAGUUUUAGCAUUUUAAGUUAGCUUUGGUAAUGGCAAUGUCAGAAUGUCGAGAACAGAGAAAAUAUAUCCUUCCUUAUCAAAGAAUAACAGGUUUCAACUUGCAAGAAGUUGAUAGGGUGCUGGAUCUUCACUUCUGGUCCCAUCUCUUUGACUGUCAAGAGCUAUUGCAAAGGCAAGAAUAAAAAUAACAGACAUUUGUCCAGUUGUUGUGAUGAGGCGUGGAGAUCCUCUCCCACAAGCCUUUCAGGCUCCAGUGGAUGUACAUGCCAGUGCGGAUGGCCAAGUGUACAUGUUCAGACAUGGAAAAGAAAAACUGGACAACUCAUCUGAAGAUGAAGAACCCAAUGUGAUGGAGCUCUGGCCACGAAGCAGAGAGUCAUCCUCAUGGGAGAGAGAACGAACCGAAGUGCUUUUGCUGGAAAGAGACGUCUCCCAUGAGGACAAUCUCAACAAACUAGCCCUUCAAUAUGGAUGCAAGGUGGCAGACAUAAAAAGGGUGAACAACUUUUUUCAAGAGCAGGAUAUGUAUGCACUGAAGUCCAUCAAAAUUCCUGUAAAGAAGCAUGGCUUGCUGACAGAGGCCCCCUUUGAGCUCAGGGACCCUCAGCGAAGACCCUCUAAUGAUGUUUUAUCACCCAGCCAGCAUCCGAACGGUGCUGAAACGAGCAUCUCGGGCAGACCUCAGGUGCAGGAGUUCACCAACUUUCUUAAAGAAGUGGACAGUGACAUUGAACGUCUUAUCCAAAGCACAGACCCACCGGAAGAGGUCUUUUCUGGCAGCUCUACGGGAUCUAGACGAUGGGGAUGGAGAAAUCAUGGCUUGCGGAGCUACGGUGCAGACUGGGGUAUUCAGUGGUGGAACGCUCUGGUUGCUAUGUUACUUAUCGGUAUUGUAUUACCUAUAUUUUAUGUGGUAUAUUUCAAAACUCAAGAUAGUGGUGAAUCUGUAGUGAACAAUGAAGUGGUCAAUAUUUCAGUGCCUACCUCAAACAGUACAAUGAGCAUGAACCAUGGGAAUAUCCUCUGAAACCACCUUGGGGAAAAGCAAGUAUGAGCGUUAGAAAUUAUUGUGGCUCCUUUAUUUUCAUGGUAUUAUGUGUAUAUGCAAGUUUUUCUUGGGUACUUUGCAUAGUAUUUGAAGUUGACAAGGUGCAUUAGCCAAUUUAUCCACAAUUUUAAUGGUAAAUGUCAUGUGUAGUGAAGGCACAAGAGGCUGUUCAUUAUUACACGUCACACCUUGUAGCUAUUGUAAUUGGUUUAUUAAUGGGUGCUAUUUUAAUUUAAAUUAAAAUAGUAUAAUUUAACAAAAUGUAUAAUGACAGUUUUAAUAUGUCUUUAUAUAACAUAUCUAGGAUAUGUUCUACUUUUAUCAUAAUAGAUUAUUUUGCUGUGGUUUUGCCUUUGUAUGUCAUUUCUUGAAUACUUAUUUGCAAAGAAAUGGAAAACUCCCCAGUGUAUGUAUACAAACUACAGGAAGAUGUUUUGGAAUAUCAGUCCUGUUUAACUGAAUGGCAUUUAUUAAUGCUAACUCAAAUCCAUAUCUAUUUGAUAUUCCCAGCAGAACUUCAUUUUUUUAGAAGUUCUAUGAUGUCAGCAGUGCCAAAGAAUGGAUGUUUUAAACCUUUGUUUCUGCCCAGUCCUUGAAAGUGCAAUAAAUGAAUAUAUUUGAA